UUUCCCCUUUCCUUUUUUCCCCAUAAAAAGAAAUACUUACUAUCAAUAUUCAAUAGCCACAUAUAUCGUUGUACUUUUUUUCCCUCCCAAUUCUUCCUUUCUCUCUCUACUCAUUUUCUCUCCCUAGACUCCCCACUACUACUCCGGCCACCGGCGAUCUUCUUCCGGCAAUGUCGGACCACUCUGUAUUCGCUCCUCUUUUACCUUCCGAUCACGUCCGUCACUCAUGCUCCUCCGACGGCGACGAUAACGCACGUGAACCGCACGUGAUACUCACCGUCGAUGAAUUAUCUACCGGCGGAGAUACUACGAAUGUUUCGGAGGUGGAUGAUAAUCCGUAUGCGUUUAUUGGAGCGAAUAGGUUCGACAUGCCUGGAUCCACCACAGUUGACCCGUUUAGGAAUAAUACACCGAAAAUUCAAGGGUUAUAUGAAUGGUUGAAGAUUGUUGUGUGUUUGCCGAUUGCCUUGCUGAGGUUGGUGCUGUUUGGUUUGUCUUUGAUGGUUGGUUAUGUGGCGACGAGGAUUGCUUUACAAGGAUGGAAAGAUAGAAAUAAUCCUAUGCCUAAAUGGAGGUCUAGAUUGAUGUAUCUUACUCGGUUUAGCGCACGAACUAUUCUCUUCUCUUUUGGCAUGGGCGUGUUUCACCUCUUUUUCGACUUGCAGAGUAAACCUGGUUUCUCUGGAUGCAGCUCAACAUUUUCCUCAAUUGUCCAGACGUUGGCCCACUUUUGUGCACCUACCUCACCACAGCUCUUUCAGCUACUCCUUUUAUGUCUUUCUUGGUACCAAUGGAUAAGACGAAAAGGAAAACCCGCACCAAGGGCGAUAGCUCCCAUUGUUGUAUCAAAUCAUGUAUCGUACAUAGAUCCUAUAUUCUUUUUCUAUGAAUUAUUUCCUACAAUUGUUGCUUCCGAGUCCCAUGAUUCCAUGCCGUUCGUCGGAACCAUUAUCAGAGCUAUGCAGGUGAUAUAUGUUAAUAGAUUCUCUCCCACUUCAAGGAAGCAUGCUGUAAAUGAAAUAAAGAGAAAGGCUUCUUGCGAUCAAUUUCCCCGAGUGCUUUUAUUUCCUGAAGGGACUACAACCAAUGGAAGAUCGAUUAUUUCCUUUCAACUUGGUGCCUUUAUCCCAGGAUAUCCCAUUCAACCUGUUAUUGUGCGGUAUCCUCACGUACAUUUUGAUCAAUCAUGGGGGAAUGUUUCCCUAGCAAUGCUGAUGUUUAGAAUGUUUACACAGUUCCACAAUUUCAUGGAGGUGGAGUACCUUCCUGUUAUAACACCUCAUGAAAAUCGGAAAGAAAGUGCUUCACGGUUUGCUCAAAGGACCGGACAUGCUGUUGCAAGCGCCCUGAAUGUGGUACAAACAUCUCAUUCUUAUGGAGAUGUACUGCUUCUUUCUAAAGCCUUGGAGGCCAAUCAGGAAAAUCCCUCGCUCUAUUUGGUUGAGAUGGCAGGGCUUGAAGCGGCAUUUCAUUUGAGCUCUUUGGAGGCUGUCGAUUUUCUAGAUGUUUUCCUUUCAAUGAACCCAGAUUCCAGGGGACAGGUUGAGAUGCAUGACUUCCUCAAGGUGUUAAGACUGAAACCGUGUAAUCUUUCUGAAAAGGUGGUAGGUGAUAAAUAGAACGCUAAGGACUGGACCAACUUUGGAUGCCAAGUUAGGCCAAUAUGGGAUUAAAUCAUAAAGUUUCAGGUUGGGGGAGAAGAUUAUACUAUCCUUAAUUACAAUCUCAUGGGGUUAGAUCCCUGAUAGACCACUUUGAUCCUCAAACAUAAGACGAGAAGGGUCAAUUUUCACCUUUGUUAAAUUAUGUGCACCGCCUCAUCAAAAAGCUUAAUUGUAAGAAAGGGAUCACUUGUUUUUUAAUCUUAGGUUCAUAGCACACCUUUUCAUUUGCAGUUUUAAUUCGUUUUCUUUGAAGCAUGUGGACAGCUAAUGGGUGGCAUGAGACUCAAGCCUAAGGACAAGGAUCUUUGCUUACUUGAACACCAUGUUGAAUUGUAUGAACUGCCCCUUAAGAAAAUUAAGCUGAUAUUAAGUAGCUACAGAGGGUCCACAUUAGAUUGGAAGACGUUGAAAGAAAAUAAGGUUACCUUGUACAGUAGUCUUGGGUCGAGUUUGACUGCCACUCUUCAUUAGUUUGGUCCACAUGCUCGCUCCACAUAAAAGAAUUAGGCCAGCACGUGAGGGACCGUAGUGAUGACAUAAUUAAGUAAAUGAAAGUGUAGCCUGGCUAGUAGCUUAAACUUUUAGAUGAUAAGGCUCACACAGACUUCACCAAUCAUGAUCAGCUUGACAUAUAGAACGUUGCAAUUCUACCACUAAAUUAGAGUCCUAUACUCCACUAAUAUUUUCAGGAUUAUCCAGAUUUCAACUAAAUCCCCCGUAAGAGUGAAGAUUAUUGCUCUUUCUCAAAAACGAGUGAAAAUUAUUUUCUCUGAAAUUCAUAUCAGUUACUGUCAAAUAAUAGGAAGCUUUAAGAUAUGUCAGUGAAGUCAAUUUUAUUAGUGCAGUGCAAUAAUUCUGUAAGAUUAGUCUAUUUUGUUGAAAGACAUUGCUGAUAAAAGUAUAAUAACUUGCUUCUUCUCCCUGAGCUAUUCU